CAUGAUUCCAACCCCAGACACCUCGCACCUCUCGGCCAUAGAUUUUGAGUCUGUAUACGAGCCCGCAGAGGAUACUUUCCUACUUCUUGAUGCUCUUGAAGCAGAUGUAAGCGCUCUUCGAGAUAUGAAACCCACCGUGGCCCUAGAAAUCGGGUCAGGCUCGGGCUGUGUAUCGGCUUUCCUUGGCAAAAUACUGCCUGGCGUGCCUAUCUUAUCCGCCGACAUAAACCUACACGCAUGUAAAUGCACUCGACAAACCGGAUUCAAGAACGAGGUUAUGCUCGAACCUAUCAACGCAUCAUUUGCAUUCCCACUGCGCGCCCGCCUCAAGAACUCUGUCGACAUCCUUCUCUUCAACCCACCUUAUGUGCCAACAGAUUCGGAGGAGGCGUACUACGCGCAGAGUGGGAUGACUUUGCCCGGGUCCUGGGCAGGUGGCACCGACGGCAUGCAAGUCACUGAUCUCUUUCUACCUGACGUACCAGACCUUCUGUCACCGCACGGUAGGUUCUACCUCGUAGCAGUGAAACAGAACAAUAUACAGGAUAUAGCCAGCCGAAUGGGCGCCUUGGGUCUCGAUUGCGAGACCGUGCUCCAACGACGCGCAGGACGAGAGCACCUCUUUAUCCUACGAUUUACAAAACGACCUUCUACUCUUUGAAACUGCACGGCCGCUUCAAAUCAGUCAAAGCAUGCACGAUUCGAUUCGCAACGCAGGAUGUGCAGAUAAUAAACAGGUGUGCUAUAUAGUACAAUACUGUAGGCUGCGGCGACAGUGCAAAGGCAAAGAAGCAAUGGAAAAAAAACAAUUAACGGCGG